AUGACCAUGAGCUCCGUAGCCGAGAGUUUGCUGGGCUCCGACCCUUCCAAAGCUUCUUUCCUGGAGCUCGGCCACCCCUCGCCGCCGCACUACCCGCUGCACGGCCUCCACCCCGCCGGCCACCCCCAGCACGACCCGCCGCCCUUCGCUUCCUACGGUCGGCCCGGGUCCUACCCUUACACCGGCGGGCCCCCCCCGCCUCCCCACGGCGGCCCCUACCUGCCCUACCCGCCCGCCGGCGCCCAGCAUCCCCCGGCCGGGCUGGCCCACGGCGCCAGGCUGCAGGACGCAGAGCACGACAAACCCCCGGCCAUCGCCAACGGGGAGCUGCGCAUCAACGGCAAGGGGAAGAAGCUCCGCAAGCCCCGCACCAUCUACUCCAGCCUGCAGCUGCAGGCCCUCAACCAGCGCUUCCAGCAGACCCAGUACCUGGCGCUGCCCGAGCGCGCCGAGCUGGCCGCCCAGCUGGGGCUCACCCAGACCCAGGUGAAGAUCUGGUUCCAGAACAAGCGCUCCAAGUACAAGAAGAUCAUGAAACAGGGCUCGAGCGUGCCCGAUGGGGAGCACCUCCACACCUCCUCCUCGCUCUCCCCCUGCUCCCCCAACAUCCCCCCGCUCUGGGACAUCCCCGUGCCGGGCAAGGGCCCCCCCUUGGCCCCCAGCAACUACAUCAGCAGCUUCGGAGCCUGGUACCAGCCUCACCCUCAGGACACGAUGCCCCGGGGUCCCAUGAUGUGAUGCCGCCACGGCUCCAGCACCCACCGGCUCCGGGAGGGCCAGCAUGGGGGGGGGACGUGCCGCCACCCUCCCCCGAGGGGCCGGGGAGCCCAGCGAUGCCCUGGGGGACCCCAGCGAAUGGAGGAUGAAGAAGAGGAGGAGGAGGAGGAAGGUGACCGCUGUCUGCAGGGAACUGAGGACCGCCCGCCCCGUCGCGGGCUGAAGCGAGACGGCUCCGGCACAAAGCCCCGGUGCGCCCGUCCCGGCGGGACAGGACUUGGCCACAGCCCCAGGUCCCUCUGUUCAUGGACACCGGGGGGGGGGUGGAGAGCCCCGAGAAGGGCUGGAGGGGUGGGGAGUCCCCAGACCGCCUCCCCCCCCAAAAAAAGAACACAACAAAGCCUGGCUUUAUUUAUAAACACCGUCCGUUACCGUG